CCGCGCGCUCACACGGAUACACUUCUGUCAGUGAGUGUAGUGUUUGGAUUUGUGCGCUUCUGUGAGGCUGAGCGCUUUUUCUUUUCUUUUUUUGUGUUACAUGGAUACACCGACAUAGUUUUUACCCCCCACGGGCUUCUCAGUUUUUUAAAUGGUUGUCGUCCUUUUAUAAUAGACUAGAAGCUAGUUUAGUGAGCAGGAUUUCUGUCCUCUCAGUAAAGUUGUUAAAAGUGCAGAUUUUUGUGGAUCAGUUUGGUUUUAUUCGGCUCUGAUCGGGUUUAUUCGGUUCGGAAGGGAUGACGAUGGGAACUUUACGCGACCUCCAGUACGCGCUUCAGGAAAAGAUCGAAGAACUGAGGCAGAGAGACGCGCUCAUUGACGAACUUGAGCUCGAGCUUGACCAGAAAUACGAACUCAUUCAGAAACUGCAGAACGAACUGGAUAAGUACCGCUCCGUGAUCCGCCCGGCGACCCAACAGGUCCAGAGUCGCUCGGAGCUGCCGGAGCAUCACCGCACCAAACGUCAGGCGAUCAGCGCCGAACCUGCCAACGUCCAGCAGCUGAGUCACGUGACCCUGCCCAACGUCCCCAAAAGCGCCAAGUCUAAGGAACUGAUCAAGUCCGCUAUCCUAGACAAUGACUUCAUGAAGAACCUGGAGAUGUCUCAGAUCCAGGAGAUAGUGGACUGUAUGCAUCCAGUGGACUAUGACAAAAACAGCUGUGUUAUUAAUGAGGGGGAUGUGGGCUCCCUUGUCUACGUCAUGGAAGAGGGGAAAGUGGAAGUGACUAAAGAAGGAUUAAAGCUGUGCACUAUGGGACCAGGAAAGGUGUUUGGAGAACUCGCCAUCCUUUAUAACUGCACCAGGACAGCCACUGUGAGAACUGUGACCAGUGUAAAGUUAUGGGCCAUCGACAGACAGUGCUUCCAAACCAUCAUGAUGAGGACGGGGCUCAUCAAACAUGCCGAAUACAUGGAGUUAUUGAAAAGUGUCCCGACAUUCCGAGGUCAUCCAGAGGAAAUACUGAGCAAGCUGGCUGAUGUCCUUGAAGAGACACACUAUGAGGAUGGCGAUUACAUCAUUCGACAAGGUGCAAGAGGAGACACUUUCUUCAUUAUCAGUAAAGGAAAAGUAACUGUGGCUCAAGAAGAAUGUCCGGGUCAGGAUCCAGACCAUCUGCGUUCCCUGGGGAAGGGCGACUCAUUUGGGGAAAAAGCCCUACAAGGGGAGGAUAUCAGAACAGCUAACUUCAUUGCAGCAGAGACUGUCACCUGCCUUGUGAUUGACAGAGACUCAUACAAACACUUGAUUGGAGGUCUUGAAGACGUGUCUAACAAAGGCUGUGAAGACGCAGAGGCAAAGGCAGAGUACGAAGCAGAGAAUGCCUUUUUCUCAAACCUAAACCUGUCUGACUUCAACAUCAUUGACACUCUUGGAGUUGGAGGAUUUGGACGUGUUGAACUGGUGCAGCUUAAGAGUGAUGAGCUGAAGACGUUUGCGAUGAAGAUCCUGAAGAAGUGUCACAUUGUGGACACGAGACAACAGGAGCACAUUCGCUCUGAAAAACUCAUCAUGCAGGAGGCACACUCAGAUUUUAUUGUCAGACUCUACAGGACAUUUAAGGAUAGUAAAUACCUCUACAUGCUGAUGGAAGCGUGUCUGGGUGGAGAAUUGUGGACAAUUCUCAGAGAUAAGGGCAACUUUGAUGAUUCAACUACGCGGUUUUACACGGCAUGUGUAGUGGAGGCAUUUGCUUACCUGCAUUCCAAAGGCAUCAUAUACAGAGACCUCAAACCAGAGAACCUGAUACUGGACCACAGAGGCUAUGCCAAACUAGUGGAUUUUGGCUUUGCUAAGAAGAUCGGCUUUGGGAAGAAGACGUGGACGUUUUGCGGUACUCCAGAGUAUGUGGCUCCAGAGAUCAUCCUGAACAAAGGACAUGAUAUCUCAGCAGAUUAUUGGUCCCUCGGUAUACUCAUGUACGAGCUACUGACCGGAAGUCCUCCUUUUUCAGGCCCUGAUCCAAUGAAAACGUACAACAUCAUUCUAAGAGGCAUUGACAUGAUAGAAUUCCCCAAAAAAAUCACCAAAAAUGCUGCCAAUCUCAUCAAAAAGCUAUGCAGAGAUGCUCCCUCUGAAAGACUAGGAAACUUGAAAAACGGUGUCAAAGACAUCCAAAAGCACAAAUGGUUUGAAGGGUUUAACUGGGACGGAUUGAAAAAAGGAACACUGAUACCCCCCAUCAUCCCCAGUGUAACAUCAUCUACGGACACCAGUAACUUUGACAGCUUUCCAGAGGACAAUGAAGAUCCACCACCUGAUGAUAACUCAGGCUGGGAUAUAGACUUCUAAAAAGACUUAAACACACGUAUGAACACACAUGCACAGACACUCAACACUGCUCACAUGGGACUUUUGCCUGGGAUAGACUUGCUUCUCUUGCGAGUGCUGCACUACUGUAUGGACUUGAGGAGAAAUUAAGGAAGAAGCCGGAGUGAAAAAUGAUUUUUGUUCACCAUGAAAUGAAGUUCUCAUGGAGUGACUAAACUGACUAUAGAGAUGCAGAGUCAAAAAAAUGAAUCUUGUUUGUGUGUAUGUGUGUGUUUGUGUGUGUGUGUGUGUGCUCACCUUUGACCCAGAUAACCACCUUUACUGUGAGGUAACUGACGAGGCAGUCCAUUUAGGGAAAAGGUUGUGACCUCAGUGCUUUGUCUUCUCCCUGAUUGGCUGCAAACUCCUUAUUCACCAAUCCCUGUGCAGACUACUCUUACAAAGACUAUGUAUGUGAAAACAACACUGUAUGUCAAAGCUACGUGUCGAGGGAGUCCAGACAGACCUGAAUGUUACUCUUAAAGUAAUACUCAUUCAUUAUAGCACAUGUACAUAGUAGCAUAGUAUCACUACCCCAAAAACACACACGUAUGCUGACAUUCAUGUCAUGUAUCAGUUAAUCUUUCACAUGUAUCAUAAUCUGUCAAUCAUAAAAUCCUUAUGGCUCAGUUUCACGCAAAAGCCUGGUGCACUCUGAAGAAUGAGCAGAAAACAAAGCAAAAAACGCACAGAGUGAAUCGGAGAUCAUUU